AUGGGGGUGGACUUUGACGUGAAGACUUUCUGCCACAACUUGCGGGCGACUAAGCCACCAUAUGAGUGUCCCGUGGAGACUUGCCGCAAGGUGUACAAGAGUUACAGUGGCAUUGAGUACCACUUGUACCAUUAUGACCACGACAACCCACCACCCCCGCAGCAGACUCCUCUCCGUAAGCACAAGAAGAAGGGGCGCCAGUCACGCCCAGCCAACAAGCAGUCUCCCAGCCCCUCAGAGGUAUCCCAGUCACCCAGCCGUGAGGUGAUAAACUAUGCCCAGGCCCAGCGCAUGGUGGAGGUAGACCUGCACGGCCGCGUCCACCGCAUCAGCAUCUUUGACAACCUGGAUGUGGUGUCCGAGGAUGAUGAGGCCCCCGAGGAGGUCCCUGAGAAUGGCAGCAACAAAGAGAACACUGAGACGCCGGCUGUGACUCCCAAGUCAGGCAAGCAUAAGAACAAGGAGAAGCGCAAGGAUUCCAACCAUCACCACCACCAUAAUGCUUCUGCCAGCACCACUCCCAAGCUGCCAGAGGUUGUGUACCGUGAGCUGGAUCAGGACACCCCUGAUGCCCCACCCCGGCCAACUUCCUAUUACCGGUACAUUGAAAAGUCAGCAGAGGAGCUGGAUGAGGAGGUAGAGUAUGACAUGGAUGAAGAGGACUACAUCUGGCUGGAUAUCAUGAAUGAACGACGGAAGACGGAGGGUGUGAGUCCCAUCCCACAGGAGAUCUUUGAGUACUUAAUGGACCGGCUGGAGAAGGAGUCCUACUUUGAGAGCCACAACAAAGGCGACCCCAAUGCACUCGUGGAUGAGGAUGCUGUGUGCUGUAUCUGCAAUGAUGGUGAAUGCCAGAACAGCAAUGUCAUCCUCUUUUGUGACAUGUGCAAUCUGGCCGUGCACCAGGAGUGCUAUGGAGUCCCCUACAUCCCCGAGGGCCAGUGGCUGUGCCGCCGCUGUCUGCAGUCCCCCUCCCGGGCCGUGGACUGUGCCCUGUGCCCCAACAAGGGCGGUGCCUUCAAGCAGACAGAUGACGGGCGCUGGGCCCACGUGGUGUGUGCCCUGUGGAUCCCCGAGGUCUGCUUCGCCAACACAGUCUUCCUGGAGCCCAUCGACAGCAUCGAGCACAUCCCGCCCGCUCGCUGGAAGCUCACCUGCUACAUUUGCAAACAGCGGGGCUCAGGGGCCUGCAUUCAGUGCCACAAAGCCAACUGCUACACAGCCUUCCACGUGACAUGUGCCCAGCAAGCUGGCCUUUACAUGAAGAUGGAGCCUGUUCGGGAGACAGGCGCCAAUGGCACCUCCUUCAGCGUCCGCAAAACAGCCUACUGUGACAUCCAUACGCCCCCAGGUUCAGCUCGCCGGCUGCCUGCCUUGUCCCACAGUGAGGGAGAGGAAGAAGAGGAUGAGGAGGAAGAAGAGGGUAAGAGUUGGAGUUCAGAGAAGGUCAAGAAGGCCAAAGCCAAGUCCCGGAUCAAGAUGAAGAAGGCACGGAAGAUCCUGGCCGAGAAGAGGGCAGCAGCACCUGUGGUGUCAGUGCCCUGCAUCCCACCACACAGGCUCAGUAAAAUUACCAACCGCCUAACAAUCCAAAGGAAAAGCCAGUUCAUGCAGAGGCUGCACAGCUACUGGACAUUGAAGCGGCAGUCACGGAAUGGGGUCCCACUGUUACGUCGUCUGCAGACACACUUGCAGUCUCAGAGGAACUGUGACCAAGUUGGGAGAGAGUCUGAGGAUAAGAACUGGGCCCUCAAAGAACAGCUCAAGUCCUGGCAGCGGCUCCGGCAUGACCUAGAGAGGGCUCGGCUGCUGGUAGAGCUGAUUCGCAAGCGGGAGAAACUCAAAAGGGAGACGAUCAAGGUCCAGCAGAUCGCCAUGGAGAUGCAGCUGACCCCUUUUCUCAUCCUCCUUCGCAAAACCUUGGAGCAGCUCCAAGAGAAGGACACGGGCAACAUCUUCAGCGAGCCGGUCCCUCUGUCUGAGGUACCUGACUACCUAGACCACAUCAAAAAGCCCAUGGAUUUUUUCACCAUGAAGCAGAACUUGGAGGCUUACCGCUACCUGAACUUUGAUGAUUUUGAGGAGGACUUCAACCUCAUCGUCAGCAACUGCCUCAAGUAUAACGCCAAGGACACCAUCUUCUACCGGGCAGCGGUGCGGCUCCGUGACCAGGGUGGUGCUGUGCUCCGCCAGGCCCGGCGCCAGGCAGAAAAAAUGGGCAUUGACUUUGAGACGGGCAUGCAUAUCCCCCACAACCUGCCUGGAGACGAGGCCCCACACCACACUGAAGAUGCAGCAGAGGAGGAGCGGCUGGUCCUGCUGGAGAACCAGAAGCACCUGCCAGCGGAAGAGCAGCUGAAGUUGUUGCUGGAACGGUUGGAUGAAGUGAAUUCCAGCAAACAGAGUGUGGGCCGCUCACGGCGUGCAAAGAUGAUCAAGAAAGAGAUGACAGCGCUUCGGCGGAAGCUUGCCCACCAGCGGGAAACUGGAAGGGAUGGGCCUGAGCGCCAUGGCCCUUCCAGCCGGGGCAGCCUGACACCUCACCCGGCAGCCUGUGACAAGGAUGGGCAGACAGACAGUGCCGCUGAGGAGAGCAGCAGCCAGGAGACAAGCAAAGGCCUGGGUCCCAACAUGUCCUCAACCCCCGCACAUGAGGUGGGCAGGAGAACCUCAGUUCUGUUCUCCAAAAAGAACCCGAAGACAGCUGGACCGCCCAAGAGGCCGGGCCGGCCCCCCAAAAACCGGGAGAGCCAGAUGACCCCCAGCCACGGAGGCAGUCCUGUGGGGCCCCCUCAGCUUCCCAUCAUGGGCUCCCUGCGUCAGCGCAAGCGGGGUAGGAGCCCCCGGCCCAGUUCGAGCUCAGACAGCGACAGUGAUAAAUCCACAGAAGACCCCCCAAUGGACUUACCAGCCAAUGGCUUCAGCAGUGGAAACCAGCCAGUCAAGAAGAGUUUCUUGGUAUAUCGUAAUGACUGCAGCCUUCCCCGGAGCAGCUCAGACUCUGAGUCCAGCAGCAGUAGCAGCAGCAGUGCUGCCUCAGAUCGGACCAGCACAACACCCUCAAAACAAGGCAGGGGCAAGCCCUCCUUCUCUCGGGGCACAUUCCCAGAGGACAGCAGUGAAGAUACCUCAGGCACUGAGAAUGAGGCCUACUCCGUGGGUACUGGCCGCGGCGUGGGCCACAGCAUUGUAAGGAAGAGUCUGAGCCGGGGAGCUGGCUGGCUGUCUGAGGAUGAGGACUCCCCACUGGAUGCUCUGGACCUGGUGUGGGCCAAAUGCCGAGGGUAUCCAUCAUACCCAGCUCUGAUCAUUGAUCCAAAGAUGCCCCGGGAAGGUAUGUUCCACCAUGGGGUUCCCAUUCCUGUGCCCCCACUAGAGGUGCUGAAACUUGGGGAGCAGAUGACCCAGGAAGCUCGAGAGCAUCUCUACCUCGUCCUCUUCUUUGACAACAAGCGAACCUGGCAAUGGCUGCCUAGGACUAAGCUGGUUCCUCUGGGUGUGAACCAGGACCUCGACAAGGAGAAGAUGCUGGAGGGCCGCAAGUCUAACAUCCGCAAAUCAGUGCAGAUUGCCUACCAUAGGGCUCUGCAACACCGCAGCAAGGUCCAGGGCGAGCAGAGCAGCGAGACCAGUGAUAGUGACUGA